GUAUAUUACCAGUAUGGAAACAGACUCGGACUGGCAGAAGUUCCAUCUUGCGGCAGACACCUGCUGUAAGAAUGGAGAUUAUAUCAGAGCCAAGGAAUUUGCAACACAGUUAUAUGACUCCAUUGCAUUAUAUUAUGAAGAGGAAAUGGACGAUGAGAAAGUCUGUGUUGCUUACGACAGAUGUUUAGGUCUCGCUUUAGAGCUUAAUGACAGUAGUUUAGCACUAAAGUGCCUUUACCGAGAGAAAUUUCACUCACUGGAGUAUAUAGACCCUGCAAUGUUUUGGGGUGGAAUUUUGACAAAUCCAGAGUCUCAUUUAGCGAUGAAGUUGAAGAUCAUCCGAGAUGUAAGAUCCGUUAUUGAUGAGUAUGAACACAGAUCGGGGCCAGUUGUUUCGAAUUGCAUCAAAGAAAUACAGAUAUGCUAUCACCUGUUGCUGUCCACUUACUGUAUAGAUAGGUCAAGUAUGGAACUUAUCCUGCGUGAGGUUCUAAAAUUUGAUAUAAGCAACGGAUGGAAACUUCUGAAAAAGCAAAAUCCCAGACCGGUGUGUGGAAUGUGCAAAAAUCUUUGCAAGAGUCAUUCGUCCGACCCUAAUUUGGCAUUAGUGAUGGAGCUGUGGGCGUGUGCGUUGGAACAGCUUGAAAUGUUGGAUGUAGCGAUCAACAAGGCAAAAGACGCCAUAGCUAUGGCAGAAGCGAUACAUGAUAAAACAUCCUUUGAGAGAUUACUUACCAGACUAGAAACGAAGGUUGCAGAAUUGAACGAAAGCACAUGUGCAGAAAGACCUGAAAUAGCUGCUGCCAAAGUCUCCAAAAGGAGUAACACAGACGUAAAGAGGGAACUAUUAAAAAGAGAAAACAAGCGUGAAAGAGUCAAAAAGAAAAAUAAAGACAAGGAAACUGUCCUUGGUAGAUUAACGACCACAGAAAGUGAUGGAACAGAACCAAAUUGUUGUUCUAAAUAUGAUUCGGAUGCUUCUCAAGAUGCACAAGAAAUAACACUCACCCUGUCAGAUAACUCUCCCAAAAGCUGGAAAGAUGUCAAAGAUUUUGACCUACCUGUAACCAAGCCCAAAAGAAAACGAAGGCGCAACCGUACUGGUGACUCUGGAUUGUCCUCCACUGGACACCAAACAGGAACCCCAGAGUUUGGUAGUGAGGUAAAUUCUGAGGGGUCAUGUAUUUUCUCUAAUAUGCAUGUAGCUGAUUCUGAAGACAGUGAGGAUGAAUACCAACCACUUCCUGCAAGUUCAACUCAUGAUCUUUACUUUACGGACCAAACACAAGAUUUCAAUUCUCAGUUUUUUAAUCAAGAGAGCGAAGAGGAUGAUCUUCAGGAAGAUACUUUUUUUAAUGAAAGCUGUGAACGUCUGCUGCAACCUGAGGACAUAAAUCUUGAUAUUAUGCAUGACAUUGACAAGCGUGUCUUGGAAAAUGGUUUGAAUUUGUCAGAACGUUUCAUUGGAAGCUUUAAAAGAAACAAAAUGAAAUAUGCCGAAUAUCCAGAUCUGAAAACAAAAGAAGAAUCAUUGAUGCUUUGCUUAAAGAAACCACAAAAAUACAAACAUUGCAGAAUCACAAUUGAAACCUCUCAUGGAGCAGUCUGCACAGUAUUGGACGAAAAAGACAAAAUUAAGACAAUAGAAAUAUCAGGUCGAUCAAAAUGCGGAAAGGUAUAUAAUGAAGAUGAAGUAGUUGUAGAAAUCCUCAGUGAGCCACUUGGAGGAGAUGUCAUUCCUCGCCUAAAUAAAACUCCCAGUUUCGGUUACAAGAGUGAAGGGAAAGUGUAUGGGCAAGUAGUUGGAAUAACAAAGAGGACACGUUUCAACAACAUUAAAAAUCCAGUGUUGUUAUGCACGCUUGAUGCAUUUGAAACACAUCUUGUGAAGCCUUUAUGCAAAACUGUCCCAAAAAUUAGUAUCCUUCAUAACAAUAUUGAGAAUCAGUUCCAGAUAGAGACAUAUAGAUUUGACGAGAAUGCAAAAGAUCUGAAAUUUGAAGAAUUGAAGUCAAUAGAUCCGGCUAACCGUAACGGAUACUUAUUUCUUGUUUGUCUCAUUUGUUGGAAUGAGCUCUAUCCUGUUGGUGCAGUCCUCUCCGUACACAGCUUCAGUGAAAAUUCAAAGUCAAAUCUGAAGGUACUGUGUCUCCAAAACCAAAUACCAACUUAUUACAAGGAAGAGACAAUACAGCUUACAAAUGACAUCAUUCAAAACCCAUUCCAAGAGAACAUGCAUAAACCCAGAGAGGUUCUUGCAGAAGACCAUCAGGCCUUUACGAUUGACCCCCCAGGAUCCAAAGAUUUAGAUGACGCACUGAGUGUCAAAAAAAUUGAAGACAAUUGUUAUCAAAUUGGCGUGCACAUUGCUGAUGUAGCGAGUGUCAUACAGAAAGGUGAUUCCAUUGAUAGAGAAGCCAGAGAAAGAACAAGAACAUUUUAUCCUGGUGAAGGUUAUCGACCUCAUCACAUGUUGCCCGAGCCUCUAAGUACAAACAUUUGCAGCCUUUUGCCAAACGAAAAUAGGAACGCCAUAUCAGUCUUCUUUGUUGUUAAUUCCUCUGGAGACGUGACUAGUGCUCCCCUAGUAGAAAGAACAAUCGUGAAGUCAUGUCGUCAGUUUACCUACCAGGAGGUUCAAAGAAUAAUAUCUGAUCAAAAUGAAAGCAAUAAGACUGAAUUAAAUGAAAAUAUUCGUAUUUUGAGUGCCAUUGCCGAAAAACGUCGGAAAAAACGUCUUGGAAACAAGCGUUUUGCUUUUCAAUUCGAAGGUGAUUAUAUGAAAAGUAGCGACAGCUAUUACUCAGCAAUCGAUGCUCACAACCUUGUUGAGGAAUUUAUGCUUUUGGCAAAUCAUCAAAUUGCUAGCUAUCUAUUGAGUAAAUAUCCAAAAUGCCUGCCACUCAGAGUUCAGGAGCAACCCUCAGCAGAGAAAGUAAUGGAAUGGAUGGAGUCAAAUCCAGUAAUAGGGAAGUUUGUGCUUGGAAUUCAACAUCUGCCAUUGCCGAACAACACAAGAAUUGAUGUUGGUACAGUUUCACCAAUGAGAUGGAAUAAAAUAUUUCCAAUUCAGAUAUCUGUCUGGAAAAGAAUGACCUUGAAUGUAAUGGAAGGAAAUUUUGAAGAAGUACUUCGUCUUAUUGGAUGUGAUGAACUCCAUCCAAAACAGGCAUUAGCAUUUGAAGAAUGGAUUGCCUUUCAGGAGUCUGCAAAAUACAGAUGUUCAGGAAAUUUGACUUCAAGAAAUGACGGAUGUCACUUUUCCCUUGGAAUUUUCCCAUACGUUCAUUUCACUUCUCCAAUUCGAAGGUAUGCUGAUAUUAUAGUUCAGAGACUUGUUCAUGCAGCACUUGAUGGACAAAAAUCUCCAUACACAAAGGAAGAAGUUGAAAGAUUGUGUGAUGAAAUCAACGAUGUUACAAAGCGAGAAAAAUCGUUUGAGAAACAAUGCUUUGCUCUUCAUUUAGGUAAAAAACUUUCUAAAAGAUCCCAGAUGAGCUAUUCUAUGGUUCAAAAUGUGUCGGAGAAAGAGGUUUCUUUGCAUUUUCCAGGAAUGAGAAAACUACCGAAAGACUGCAAAGAUAUUCCUUAUUCUUUGAUGAAAGUUUGUGCUAAACCACUGGUGAAAUCUGACGAAGAAUCUAAACCACUAGCUUUGCUUUCAUGGCAACAACGAUUGUAUUCAUUUACAGGAUAUGCCCCAAAAAUGAGAUUUCAGAAGAAAGGACUUACGGUGCGAAUUGAUCCACACCAACGGGUGACAUAUCAGCAAUUUCCGAAAUGGCAGAAGAUCUUAAAAGUAAUAUUGAGUGGCAAGACUUCCCAUUUGAAAGAGGCUUUUUUCGGAACGGAUCAUCCAGAUGUAAACAUGAGUCAAUCUGUGCCUGCCUGCUUCAACGCAGAGUCUGAUGUCAGCUCUGAAGUUCGAGAUGGCAACAUCAUACAACAAUGCUGUGAAUUUAGCAUGAGUCUCAAUCAUGGUCAAAUUUUGGCAGUGCAACUAACAGCAGAACCGAAAAAAGGUGUCAUGGUUCCUACUGUUCAAAUGGUAGAAUUAACGAACAAUGUGAAGUUAUGCCUUCAGCAUAUUGAAGAUCCUGUAAAGUAUUUUGCACGUUAUUCAACGCAAAGAAUUCCACAACAAAUUAAAUCCCCAGUUGAAUACGUAAAAAUUUGGUUGAGUAUCUUUCGCAUGGAAUCUGCUGUUAAAAUGACCCAGGGGACUCCUGUUGUCAUAAAUGAUUUACCUGUUGAAUUUUCUGGCCGCUCAGAUUGUAGUGAUUGUAACUUUACCUUGCGAAAUUCCUUCUGUAUUAAAAGAGAUCUAGAAUUUGGAUGUAUAUCCGAGAAAACGAUCAUCUUUGGUGAAGAGGAUAACGAAGAUGAAAAAGAGUCAAAAUAUCUCUUGAGUUCUGACUGCGUUUGUAUUAGAUGUGACUUGGUGAAAGGUGUUCCCUCCCGACCUACCAUCGAAACAAACCCAGAUGACAGACAGAUCUGGAUAGGUCAUGGGGAAAUUAACAUUUUGCAGAAAAGCAAGAAGGACAGCAGAAUGAAAGUCCACAUUCGACUACACAAGGACAGUCUCAAGCCAACAGCAGAAAUGUGCUCCAAUCCUCCACCGCGGUGUGGUGUUGAACUUCUUCUUAAAGCUGAUGCAGACAAACGCGUGGAGGCAAUUUUAAGUUGUCUUGGUAAAUCAACAGAUUUGGCAAAAGCAAUUGCGUUGACGAAGAGGAUCCCAAAACUCGAAAAAGAUCAUUUGGAAUUGUCCAAUAAGAUAGAGGCGGACGUGACUAUCUGUGGUCUAACUCCAAACAACACACAACAGUUGAAGGCGAUACAACGUGCGCUGAGUUCUCGUUUCAGUCUAAUUCAAGGUCCACCAGGCACGGGGAAAACUUAUACCGGUAUAAAGCUGGUAUACUUGUUCGUGAAAAUCAAUGAUAUACUUCAACAGGAAGGAGGAGGCCACAAGCAAGUUGUCUUCUGUGGUCCAUCAAACAAAUCUGUAGAUUUAGUUGCCAGAUGGAUGCUCAAGAAGUUAGGUGAAUAUACCCCCAAAAUUGUGCGCAUGUAUGGCAGUUCAUUGGAAAACAUUGUUUUUCCAAUGCCUGGAAGAGAUUACACAAGUAAAACUUCGUGCAAAGACAACAGACCAGAUCCGCAAUUAGAAGAUAUUUCCUUACACCAUCUCAUUCGAAUGCAAGGAAAACCACAUGCUGAAGAAUUAAGAAACUAUGACAACAUGUUCAAAAAUAACCCAAGCUUUUCUGAUCAAGGCGAAAUACAGAAUUAUAGAAAGCUGCUAAACAAAGCUUGCCAGGAGGAAUUGAAACACUAUGACGUCAUUUUUUGUACAACUGCUGUCGCAACAAAUGCGAGAUUUUCGAAGGCAACACAAGGGAAUGUUUAUCAGAUGAUCAUAGAUGAAGCUGGCAUGUGCACUGAACCGGAAACCCUUGCACCAAUCAUCACCAACAAAGCAGAACAGGUUGUACUGAUUGGUGAUCACAAACAGCUUCAGCCAGUCGUUCUUUGCUCAGAAGCAGCCUCGCUUGGAUUGGAGAAAUCGUUAUUUGAGAGAUAUGCAGAUCGUGCUGUGUUCCUAAACUGUCAAUACAGAAUGCACCCAAGAAUAUGCGAUUUCCCUUCAGACAAGUUUUACAAAGGAAAUUUGGAAACAAUGCCUUCGACUGCAUGGAAGGUAGAGAAACCCUUAUCCCUCUGGCGUGUACCAAACGUGCCACACAUGUUUUGCCAUGUUGAAGGUGAAGAGGAGAGCUUAAGCGUUACAACCGAGGAAGGAAAUCAGCAGUCAAAAAGCAACAAGGCGGAAGUGAAAGAAGUGGUUCGAAUCUUUAGUGAACUGGUUCAGCGUGAGAAAGUAAAUCAAUUCCAAAUCAACAUUGUUUCUCAGUACAACGCCCAGUGCUUUGCCAUUAAAGAGGCAUUGAAAAAAGAAAAAUUCAUUAAUUUCAACGUCAACACUGUAGUGGCAAGUCAAGGAGGAGAGUGGGAUUAUGUGAUAUUCAGUACCGUGAGAUCACUCCCAGACUACAGAAUAGAACCCAAUCCUACUUUAGGCUGGUGCAAGCAGAACCUGGGCUUUAUUACUGACCAACAUCAAAUCAACGUGGCUCUUACUAGGGCAAGGAAAGGUCUCUUUAUCAUAGGAAACAAGAAUCUAAUGAAAUGCGACAAUGUUUGGCGCGACUUAUUAACACACUACAGUCGACAGGGCUGUGUCGUGGAUGCGGAAUCUGUUAAGUCCAAACGCCAGAAGAAAAGCAGAAAAGUCAGAGAGGCCACACAGGAAGAAUUCAAUGCUUAGAAAUGGAAAUGUUAUGAGUAAA